UGGGGUUUAACCUGAACAUUUUGUACAUCACUUUGAAAUUGUGGAGACAGUAAAAAGCAAAACUGCGUUGGCGCAAGGUCUUUUUAAAUGUUCGAAGGUUUUUACGCUGACGAUGACGACAGUUCGUCGUCCUUUCAUGGGAAUGUUGAGAAAGCAGCUGAGCUCCCAGGUUCCUACAAGUCCUCACAUCGCCAGGAAAUGGAACAACCAAGGAACAUCGAACUCUCGCUUCUUGGCAGCUGUUUCAAUCCACACCACAGGCGUACAGUUUGUGCCUGGAACAGCUGCGCCAGAUGAGGAACAAAACGGGAGUCUGUUUACAUGAUUGGAACACAUUGGAACCUGACUUGUGUGGAUGAGACAUCAGGGGAAAAGUGUGCUCUUGUUGGAGUGAGUCUGUCAAAAGUAAUGGAGCUAAAUUGUGAUAGCCACAUGACAUUUCAAUCCACCCAGCCACUCUAGGGCUAGUGUUCAGGUGUGGCACGUUCCCACCAUGUUUACAAUGCUGAGUGGGAUUCGCUUGAACCAAAAUGCUAGGCCUCAUUUUGGGUCCAUCUCAGCCAACUUCUCGGGCAACUCGUCUCAUCUGCUUCAAGGGCAUUUCAGACGACCGAAUAAUCCAAAUCGAACCACCGAGCCCGGUGAUUCACCUGGACUCCGGAUCCCGGGAAUAAUCGGAGCUCUCAAUGGCAGAAUCCAAGCUCUCAAGAUCAUUUUGGACAAGGAAGCCAAGCCCGUUUUCCAACCGGGUCAGGAGGUGACCGGUCAUCUCAUGUUGGAAGUGAUUGGUACGUUGAGGUUCAAAUCCUUGGCUGUAUCGAUGCGUGGCAUGGCUAGAGUGCAUUGGACCGAAUCCAGAGCCACGGGAAAUCGAUUGGGAUCUUAUACCGAGCAAUACAAUGCUGAGAUCGAGUACUUCAAUAAGAAACGAUACUUAAUCGGUACCAAUGAGCAAGGUGAACGCCACGUGCUCACGGAAGGCCGACACGAGUUCGCUUUCCGGUUCCAACUCCCGUCCUCGGACGAUAUUGCUACUUCUUUCGAGGGCAAGUUUGGGUCCAUCCGUUAUUACAUCAAGGCUGAUUUGGACCAGUCGUGGACCGCAACACACCGCACUAAGAAGGCUUUUACCGUGAUAUCGCCCCUUGAUAUCAACACGGAUGAAUUUGCGAUUCCUGUCGAGGAUGCUUCUGAAAAAACCAUAUGUUGUUGGACUUGUUCUGGAGGAGAAGUCUUCAUGCGAGCCACCACUGACAGAAAAGGCUAUUGUCCUGGCGAAUCUAUUGCCAUCGACGCCACUUUCAUCAACCAAAGUUCCCGGCGUGUUGUUCCCGAAGCUGUUUUAUGCCAAACCGAGACUUUUAUGGCUGGCGGGAAGAUGCGAACGAAGAAGACCAAAUUCACUGCUUUAAGUGGACAGAUGAUCUUACCCGGGAAAGAAGACACUUGGGAUGGCCAACUUCUCAAGAUCCCUAUUGUGAGCCCCACCAUCAGCAACUGCGGUCUAAUGAAAGUGAAUUAUUCUGUCAAGGUGGUUCUUGUCAUCACUGGCUCCUAUAACCUUAUGAUUCAGCUGCCAAUAGUUAUUGGAACGGUUCCACAACGUCGGUUGUUACCUCCUCUCCCAUCCAUUCAGCCCCAGAGUCUUUCAUUGUCUGGAUGGGACCCUUCCCCGCCUUAUCCAGAUCCUCCACCUUCUUACAUGGAAUGCAUUCAGUCAGCCACCGAUCUGGUGGACUCCAAUGAUCUGAUUGAAACGGCUUCACUCUUUGGCGAUACCCGAUUUGUGCCAAUGUAUUGCUACGUUAAUGAUGGCCCACUAGCUUCUCCUCCGGGAUAUUCCGAGGAUGAUCCAUAUCCAUUGGAACAUCAACAGUGAACUAUGAAAAAUUCGAACAGGCUCUUUCAUCGUCAAUCAAAAUGCGAGUUUCAAAUACGUUAUCAAUCUAUAUAUAUUUAUUCAUGUCUCAUUCACAAUAUGAAAUACAUAUUUGAGAGUAU